ACGGCCCCGCGCCCGCACGCCCCGCUCACCCACACGGUCUCGAGCCCGACCUUCUUCAACGCGGUCGGGGGCGCGCCCAUCCCUGCGUUCCGCGUCCUCGGUCCAGAUGGAGUGCCUGUCGAGGGCGAGGCGCAGCAGCUCGCCGAGCAGGCCGACGGCGACAAGCUCGAGCGGGUCAUGGAGGUCAUGACGAUGCUUCCUGUCCUUGACCAGAUCCUCAACGCCUCGCAGCGGCAAGGCCGCCUCAGCUUCUACAUGACGAGCUACGGCGAGGAGGGCGUCGUCGUUGGGUCUGCGGCGGCGUGGGAGAACGACGACGAGGUAUUUGCGCAGUACCGCGAGGUGGGAGUGCUUCUUUGGCGCAACUACCCGUUGUCGAGCUUGAUGGCGCAGUGCUUCUCGACCAAGUCAGAUGCGGCGACUCUCGGCCGCCAGAUGCCCGUCCACUACGGCUCGAAGGAGCACCACUUCCACACGAUCUCGUCGCCGCUCGCGACCCAGUUCCCGCAGGCGGCCGGCGCGGCGUACGCGCUCAAGCGCACGCCGGGCAGAGAGAACUCGUGCGUCGUCUGCUACGCCGGCGAGGGCGCGACGAGCGAGGGAGACUUUCACGCCGGGCUCAACAUGGCGAGCGUUCUCGGCGGCGCCCUUGUCUUUGUCGUCAGGAACAACGGCUUCGCCAUCUCGACGCCGACCUCGCAGCAGUACGCCGGCGACGGCAUCGCGGCGCGCGGACCCGGCUACGGCAUCGACACGAUCCGCGUCGACGGCAACGACCCGCUCGCCGUGUUCCUCGCGUGCAAGGAGGCGCGCCGGCGGGCGGUCGAGGGCAAGAAGCCGGUUCUCGUCGAGGCCAUGACGUACCGCGUCGGGCACCACUCGACGUCGGACGACUCGUCGGCGUACCGCUCGCUGUCGGCCGUCGAGUCGGUCAAGAAGCUCGACUCUCCCCUGUUCCGCCUGCGCCGGUACCUCGAGUCGCUCCCCAAACCGCGGUGGUCGACCGAGCGCGACAACGCGGCCAAGGACUCGGCCAAGCGCGCCAUCCUGCGCGAGUUCUCCAAGGCCGAGAAGGACAAGAAGCCGCCGCUCGCAGCGAUGUUUGGCGACGUGUUUGCGCGCGUGCCCGAGGGGGCCGAGCGCGAGGGCGCGAGGGGUGGGCUCGAGAGGCCGCAGCGCGAGCAGAAGGAGGAGCUCAAGCGGUUGAUCGAGAAGUGGGGGGACACGCCCGGGUGGAAGAAGGAGCUGGCCAAAUUCGACGGCGGCAAGGAGGCCGUGUCCAAGUGGUAGAGCGUCGGUCGCAAUGGAGCGCCUGUGCGCGAG